CCAAGCUUCAUCUUUCUCUACCCAAUCUUAUCUUUCUCAAAAAUUGUGUUUGAAAAUCGAAUAUGGCAGACUACCUCCCAUCUGAACUCAUCGUCAAAAUCCUGUCAAGGUUACCAUCAAAAUCGCUUCUCCGUUGCCGAUCAGUGUGCAAAUCAUGGAAAUCUCUCAUCUCUUCCCCCCAAUUCAUCCAGACUCAUCUUAACAAGUUCAACCAACUAAAUUCUCGCAAUAUUGUCCGUUGCUGUUUGCAGCCAGAGAACAGGGAAGCAUACACUGUCCAUCUCGAUGACCAACAUCUUACUCUCGAUACUCCCAUUGAUUUCCCCUUCUCUCUUACGCGUGAUGAUUAUGAUUACAGAAACCCCUUUUUCACGAUGAUUGGGUGUUGCAACGGCGUUAUCUGCCUUUACAAUGCGACAACCACAAGAAAUGAAAUCCUACUAUGGAAUCCUUCAAUUAGAAGGAAAGUAACCCUAACUCCUCCCGUUCAACCUUAUCGCAACUACAAUCGAGAUCAUAUUUUCGUUUUCGGGUUUGGAUACUGUAACAUAUCUGAUGAUUAUAAGGUUGUUAGACUCGUCUGUGAUGGUAUUACCUUCUCAGAUAGACCCAAGGUUGAGAUUUACACUGUGAAAACUGCAACUUGGAAGACAAUCAUGUUUCCUCAAGAUUCACGUUUCUGCCGUAUCCUCGGUGAUCGUUCACAUGUGUUUUUGAAUGGAUCUGUUCAUUGGUUAGCAGGUGAUCGGGACAUUUCACUUUCCUCAAUCCUUACACUUGACAUAAGUACAGAGCUUUUUGGGGAGAUUCAGUUGCCUGAUUUUCAUGUGAAAUGUCCUUCAAUGCCUGUGACGAUAACUGUUGUUGGAGAUUCUUUGGGUUUGAUUUAUCCAUUCCGACCUCUCUUUGUGUGUUCAAGCACUUACAAGAUAAUGGUUAUGAAGGAGUACAAGAUACCCACGUCAUGGACAUUGAUAUAUGAAGUGCACUUUCCGGAUAUAGAUUUGGGGAGACCUUUGAAAUUGAGACAUAAUGGGGAUUUGAUAACUGCAUCGAGUUCGUGCAAUCUAACAAUUUAUAACCAGGAGGCAGGGUGCUAUUCAGUGGAUGGUUGUUGUAGAAAAGGUGUUAAUUUAUACUCAAUUUCUAUUGAUAGAUAUCAAGAAAGCCUAGCAUUGUUGGAUGUCGGGAGUUACACUCAUAACCAAGAGUAAUUUGCAAACAUAACAUAUAUAUUAAUAUUACCAACUACUUUGUGAUUUGUGGUUAUUUUUGUUCCAAUGAUUGUAGACUUUCAUUAGCAGAUUACAUAUAUCGGUGCUUAGGAA